GAAUCACAAGACCGCCAACAAUGCUUCAUGAAACUUUUCAUCGAACCAACGUUUCAUGAAACUUUACAUCCCUAUGAUUCCCUAUAGCAGUUGAUGCAGUUGAUACAAUUGAUACAAUUGAUACAAUUGAUAUGUUCCUAACCUCACUCAAUGUGAUGACAGUAUAGUCGCAGUUUUCAAUCAUAAAAAUGUCAAAACGUUGGGGUAGUAAUUAUGUGGUCACCGAGCAUCGAGAUUUACAGGCCAAUACCAUGGCAGUUGAUGCCACUGGUAACUUUGUUUUAUUGGCAGGGCGUAGGUGCUUUGCUAUUAAGCAACUCGACGAUGUGUCUGAUUCACUGAAAAAGUUCCACAGACAAAGCAAAUAUGAAGUCAGUUCCGCUGAAUGGAAUCCCACUGCUUCAAAUUCACACCUUUGUGCCAUUUCUAGUAAUACCCGGGUCGAAAUACUGUGUUUCACUGGAGGAGGAGGGUAUGAUUUGCAAACCGUUCAUAGUUUAAGAGCGCAUACUCGAGUCGUUAGUGAUUUAAAUUGGCACCCUUCUGAGCCUGACCUUUUAGCCUCAUGCAGUAUCGACACUUUUAUCCAUAUUUGGGACAUAAGAGAUCAACGAAAACCGAGUCUAUCUCUUUCUGCAGUUGCUGGUGCAUCCCAAGUGCAAUGGAACGUAUUAUCCCCACAUAUGUUGGCCACCGCGCACGAUGGAGAUGUAAAAAUAUGGGACCAAAGAAAAGGAAAUAGUCCUGUACAAUACAUAGCAGCUCAUUUGACAAAGAUUCAUGGUUUAGAUUGGUGUCCGUUCCAACAAAACCAAUUAGCCACUUCAAGUCAGGACUGUACAGUGAAAGUAUUCGAUAUCGGAAAUCCCCGGAGAGCUGAAAGUAUUCUGACAACGAAUUCACCAGUAUGGCGGGCCAGAUAUACGCCGUUUGGAGAAGGUUUAGUUACGAUUGUAGUUCCGCAAUUGCGACGUGGGGAAAACAGCCUCCUUUUAUGGAAUACGGCGAAUCUAAGUUCCCCUAUCUAUACUUUUGUAGGACAUACAGAUGUCGUAUUAGAAUUUCAAUGGAGGCAGCAGAAAAAUGAAAAUAGUGAAUAUGAGCUGAUUACGUGGUCGAAGGACCAGUGUCUAAGAAUAUUUAAAAUCGACCCCUUCUUAAAAAAGCUAUGCGGACACGAUAUGGAAGAUGGAGCUUCCGUUUACACUCAGUAUUCAGAGGACAAUAAUUUAAGGUCCUUGCAGUCAGUUCAACAACUACAAUUGCACGAAUCGCAGAAUGAAUCAGACUUGAAUUAUGCGACAAAGAUGGAUGGAUCGACAAUAAAUCACGAUUUGAAUAUUUCCGAUCAGGAUAAAGAAGUGCCUUCUCCCACGCAACCGAAAACUUUGCAACAGGAGUUUUCGCUUAUAAAUAUGAAUAUACCAAAUAUAGAAGUAAAUGCGAUGGACGCAGUUGAAAGAAGUUGCACAGUUACAGCGUGUAACAAAAAUUAUAAUGUGAUAUUAAAAGUAAACUUUCCCGGGAAUUAUCCCUACAGUGCCCAACCAACUUUUCAGUUUUGUCCGGGUACUACAAUCGAUAAUAAUAUUAAGGUUAAAUUAUUGAAAGUUUUAAAACAAACUGCCCAGCAAAGGGUUAGGAAAAAUCGCUCCUGCCUCGAACCGUGUUUGAGACAACUUAUUACGACUUUAGAUCAGAUGUGCAUCAAAGACGAACCAGAAAAUAAUCGUUUGGGAUAUCACAUGCAACGCAAUGCAAAUUUUUUGGGUUCUACCAAUAUUUGUACCAAUUACCAAGAUGCUUAUAUUCCUUUUCCUAGAACAUCUGGUGCGAAAUUUUCCGGCGUAGGUGUGCUCGUCUGCUUUGGACGUUCGCCUUAUGCAAGAAGAACCUCCGUGAAACCGGAAGGAGCAACACCAAGAGCCUUAUCAGCUUUGGGAGCAAGUGUACGCAGCGGUGGAAAUUUCAUGCAGAUUUAUCCAAAUUCAUACGUUCAAUCUACUGAUAACAUUUCUAUCAGUUCGUUCUAUUUUCAAGAUCGGAACGUUUCAAGGCGUAUACAAAAUUCCAAUAAGCCUCAGAGUAAACCUUGUCAUAAGAAUCAUCAUUCCAUGGUCACGAUUUACGACGCAUCUUCCUUGUUCUUCGUUAGUAAAGAACUCGCAGAGAAAUACAUCAUAAAUAUUACAAAUAUCCCAGCAAUGUGUCACUAUAACGCGAAUGUAGCAGCGGCUUUGGAGAGACCAGAUUUAGUGCAAGCCUGGUAUCUCGCAGCUCUAGUAAUUUCUCAGCCUUCAUCGAAUGCUAUACAAAGUUCUCCACAAACUUCAGAUAUAGAAGUAACCUGGCCUUUACAUCCAUUCGGACAGAAUUUAAUCCAUUCCCUAAUAGAGCAUUACGCCAAACAAUCUGACAUUCAAAUGGCUGGAAUGCUGAGCUGUGCGUUCAGUUACCGAUCAGAAAACGCAGAUUUGAAUCAAGGGCGGAUGAUCAGCAAGUCUGUGAAUGUCAGCAGGUUAUUCACGGGAAAGCGGUGGCCGAAGCCUGGUGGCUCUCCAUAUCAUACGAUACAUCCUGCAGACACGACUCUGGAAGGAUGGAAUUUCCAAACUCUGAAGCAAAACAGAUCCAACUCUUGGUCAGAAACUUUGGAUGAUCUUAAAGGAAUACAAGAUACAUUUGGGGAAUUCGGUCGAAAUGGAAGAUUGUUGGAUGAAAAAAACAUGGCUCUCUAUGAUGGAUACAAAAAAGCCUACGCGGAAGUUUUGCACAGAUGGAAGCUCCUGGAUGCAAGAGCUCAAGUUUUGAAACACGUUAGCACGUCUCAAACCGAUACCUACAAAAGUAUUGAAUACCAGAGUGAAUGUGCCUUGUGUGGGAAAACGUGCAAAGGUCCGCAGUGCAGUAAUUGCAAGAGAUUGACUUUCCAGUGCGCCAUUUGUCACAUUUCCGUACGAGGCCCUAGCAAUUUCUGUAUAGUCUGUGGCCAUGGUGGCCAUACACAGCACUUAGCCGCAUGGUUUGAUACAGAAACGUUAUGUCCGACUGGAUGUGGUUGUUUUUGUUUGCAGGAAAGUAUAAUUUUUCUAAAAAUGUAAAUUUUCCGUGGGAUAGUAAUCGAAUGUCAUCAUGUAAAUAUGUUAAAUAUCGUUGAAUAGCAUUAGAACUUUGCUGCAAAUAAAUAUUGUUUAUUUGUAUAUUCUGUUGUAUGAUCUCCGAAAACUCAACAAAAAAAGUAUGUAUAUUUGUAUUUAAUAUUUAUACAUAUUCAAAAAAUUUGAGCCAGAGAUCGGAUUUCUAUAUUAGGAGAAAUAGUAUUAAUAUCAUUGUUCAUUAUUCACGUUCACCAGUUUCAUCCCUGAUUGUACAAAUUCCUUAAAAUAUAAAACGUAUUUU